AAAAAUAUUAUGCUGGAACCGAGUACGCUGCUGACUGCUGUGAUGUUUGACCGACUUUUUUACUUCAAAGGAAAGAAUGUAGAUUUUAUUCCUCUGUAGUACUGGUUUACCAGAGUUGGUGGUGAGUCGAGGAAAAGCCUGUUGUGGCAGUUUGCAGUAUGCGUGCGUUGCGGAGGACUUCUAGCGGACGAUCUGUGUCGACGCCUGUACUGUCUUUUGUGCUGGUUUUUACAGCUGGCGGACUGGUAGACUCUGUAACAGGCGCGUAUUGUGGUCGCACCGAGUAUGAGGCGUACCCCAGUGGCUCACUCACCUUCAGUUCCCCUGGAUUUACAAAUAGCUUCAGAAGUGAUGAGGGAUAUGAUGUAAAUUUGUACUGCGAAUAUACUUUCAAAUCCUACUAUGAGCGGGAUGGCGUCAAACUGGUGGUUACAAAAUCUAAUAUAUCUCCAAGGACCAGAUAUGUCCGAUGUACAGACAAAGUCAGAGUCUUUGAUGGGACUUCAACUGACGCUGCCUUACUGGGUGAGUUUUGCGGGACAGAGACGCCGACGUUUGAGAGCACGGGCAACACCCUCCUCAUGUUGUUCGAGACGGACAACGUGGACAACGACGAUUAUCGCGGCUUCACCUUAGAGUACGAGGCCCUGGAUUGGGGCGGAUCUGAGUCGUCGUCGUCGUCCUCAUUUAGUGCAGGCACCAUUGUGGCUGCGUGCAUUCCUGCUAUUGUGAUUUAUGCCAUUCUCUUCCUAGUCGUCUACAAGAAGUGCAAGAAUGCUCAACGAAUCCGCCGGAACUUGGCGGCCACCGGCCACACACCGGAAGAUCUGCGGAAUGCCAUGGUCACCAUGCUAGACCAAGCUAGUCGGGGGCCUCUCCUCACCCCACAGCAGCGACAGCAGCACCGGCGGUGUCGCGAGCCCAUCCCACUCACCAACAUCAUGAUGUCACACAUGGACGCGUCUGCAGCCUCUCAUCAGGCCGAAGAGUCGCGGAGAAGAGGCAGGGUUCGGCACCCAGCCGGGGACAUCAACGCAGAGCCCAUCAGUGUCGAGGAAAUGCCGCCACUCCUGCAGACGGACCAGAAUGGCCGGGAUCCAGAUCAUCAUCACCUUCAUCAUCAUCAUUAUCACAACCAUCAUCAGCACCGCUCGAGAUCGGCAGGUCAUCGGCACCAUUGUCCUCCUGAAGGUGGCUCGGGUAGCCGGAGUCACUCGCCGCAAGUGUUCACCCCGGACCCUUCAGGUGUGUAUUACGAGGGCGACAUAGAUGAGCACGGAGUUUUACACCCGUGGCACCAAGGAGGAGAAGAAGAAGAAGAAGAAGGAAACGUCGGCUACCACCCCCAUCCUCUGCGUCACCCGGCACCAUCAUCGUCACAUCCUGCUGCCCCUUCUUCUUCCUCCUCAGGGCAUCACUACUUAAACCACACGCACCUGGAGGAUGACCGCCGGUCAAGACACAGUGGUGGUGGUGGACGGCAUUCUCCAUACACAAGUGGCCAGGAUUCCCCUCAUGGCAGUGUCAGUGGUCGCGGGUCACCCUACAGACACCGUAACUCUCCGCGGAUUCCUACGCCUCUUGAUGCUGAAGGUCAGACGCUGACCUACUACGGGAUGAUAGACCAGGGUGAAGGGCAGGCGGCACCACCGCCACCACCCCCUGUGUAUGUUAUUUCCCCUCAGGAGGACAUCCAUACCAGUGACAUAGACUUGACUGCGCCCCCUCCCUCGUAUGAGGAUGCUGCCAGCGGGAAAUAUGCACCGAAUCCAUAAUCCAACUAUGUGUGUGUAUAGUUCAUACUUUAGCUUCCAGCAUCCUUUUUGUAGGGUUAGACAUAAUUUUGUUGUCAAAUACUUUUAAUUUGGUUUAAAUGGUAUCCCAACGUUUAGACCCCUAUUUUUGUCUUUUUUUUAGAUGUUUACAUGGAAAUCAUCACGCUUUUGCACUGUUUGAGAGAGAGCAGUCAUUCUUUUUUUUAUCAUUGUAGCAUUGUUGGUGAUCAGUCACUGUAGAAGGUUCAGGGGCUGGAUAGGCAUGGAUCAACUCUUGGUAUCAACAGAAAAGACGUGUGCCACUUUUCUGGAACUUCCUCAGAUUGAUCAAAAAUGGAAUGUUAAAAGUUUUUCUGUGAUCGCAAUCGCUUUUUUGCAGAGCGCUUAAUGAUGGUAAAAGUUUAUGCCUUUUUUUAUUUAUGUGAUGUCAACACCUCUUUGUUGCCUAUAAUCCUGAAAAUUCCAUUUUUUGAGAAGGAGACACAGGGCACAACGAAAAAGAUGGAUUGAUGACCACUUACCCCUGAAAGUGUAGAAUGUCUGAACAUUUCCUUCUGAACAGUUCAUCAGUGGGAUCUACUAUUUCUUAAUCUCUGUCUAGCAAAUUCUAGAAGUCUUGUUAGGUCAAGCAGUCUCCUCAGUUCAUGAUUUCGUUUUCUUCAGGUGUGUCACUUCUCUGUGUGUUUUUCUUAGAUCCAAUAGGUCGGUAAAUUUACUUUUACUUUUCCAGCGAUCCUAUAGAUCUAGGUCUAUAAUAAGUUUACUGUAUGUUUUCCAUAAAUUUAGUUCAUAGUUCCGAAAAGUUUUUUUUAUAACUCCCUUUCUCUCAAAGUUAGUAGCAAUGUCUUUAAUAUUAUUUUGCAGCUUAAAAGCAUAAAUCUUGUAUCAGCUUUGCUUUUAAUUCCAUGCUCAGGAGUUCUGUAUGUGUUCAGUCUUGUGAACCUAUUUUUAAAUUGAAUGCUCAUUCUUAUUUGACACGGUCAUAUUUUUUUUGCUUGUAGAUUGUUUUCCCAUUAUUUGAUUGAGAGUGAGAAGGGUUGAAACCAAUUAUUUAUGUGUGAACAAUUUUAUCUGGCUGAGUUGGUGAGUUGAAUGUUGGUGUGGUAGGUAAAACAGAAAUGGAUGCAACCUUCUGCGUUGUAUUGGUUGUGAGACUCAAGCUGUGUUCAUUUCAUCAUUGUUAGUAGGUGAAUUCAGAGAGCGGUUUCAUGUCAAAUUUAUGUGCUUUUUGGUUACUAGCAAAUUUUUUAUUUGUAAGAAUGGUAAUUCUUAUUUUAUGUACUCGAGUAGCAUGUGUGUCUUUUGUCUGUGUAUGUAUAUAUUAUUUGUAGAUAUGUGUGUGUGUCACAGUGUGUGAAUGUGCCUGUUUGUACGCAUGCAAAUAUAUGUUUGCAUCUUCACAUAUAGGGUGCUGCUCAUCAGUUCUUCCUUUUUUAUUUACAGGAUACUGCUGGUUGCUGUUCCCUUUUUCUUUACAACAUUUAGUUUUUUUGUAUCUUCCCGAACCUUAGCUGAUGUAAAAACCUUAGACGUACGCACACACAAAUUUCUCAACAUUUUUUUUUUAUUUGCAUCUUCCCAAACUUUAGACGUAAACACACACGAAGUUCUCCGUGGUUUUUUUUUUGGUAUCUUCUCAAACUUUAGAUGUACACACACAAAGCUGUCGCCCUUUUCUUGUUGUUUAUCCUCGAGUUUUUUUCACAAAGUAAAGACCUCUUUGUUUUGUUGAACAGUUUUGGUUCACACUUUUUCUUAAAUCAGAUAAAAACUUAAGAUGAAGUUCAAAAUAGUGUCACCACGAGGUGGAAUCUGGCGCUCGUCAAAUUUUGGGCUUAUGGGGUUACAGUAGUCUCCGCCUAAACGCACGCCAUACAA